GAGCUGGGAAAAGGGAGGCAGAGGAGGCGGAGGCGGAGGCAGAGCCCGAGCCCGAGCCUGAUCCCGAGCCCGAGCCGGAGCCGCAGCCGGGCGCCGAGACCGACCGACAGACCGCCGGGGCUGGGCCACACAGAGCCGGCCCGGCGAGUCCUCCCGCGACCCGAGCCAGGUCCCUGAGAGCCGGGCCCCGGACUGGCCCGGGAGUCAGGAGGAGCGCCAGAGCAGAUCCCGAGUAAGGCUUUCCUGGGCCUCCGACGAGGGCUGGCCCUUUUGAAGGCGCCUCCUUCAACAGCAGGACCAGACAGGCCACCAUGACCGAGAAUUCCACGUCCACCCCUGCGGCCAAGCCCAAGCGGGCCAAGGCCUCCAAGAAGUCCACAGACCACCCCAAGUAUUCAGACAUGAUCGUGGCUGCCAUCCAGGCGGAGAAGAACCGCGCUGGCUCCUCGCGCCAGUCCAUCCAGAAGUACAUCAAGAGCCACUACAAGGUGGGUGAGAACGCCGACUCGCAGAUCAAGUUGUCCAUCAAACGCCUGGUCACCACUGGGGUCCUCAAGCAGACCAAAGGGGUGGGUGCCUCAGGGUCCUUCCGGCUGGCCAAAAGCGACGAGCCCAAGAGGUCAGUGGCCUUCAAGAAGACGAAGAAGGAAGUCAAGAAGGUGGCCACGCCAAAGAAGGCAGCCAAGCCCAAGAAGGCUGCUUCCAAAGCCCCAAGCAAGAAGCCCAAAGCCACCCCAGUCAAGAAGGCCAAGAAGAAGCCGGCUGCCACGCCCAAGAAAACCAAAAAACCCAAGACUGUCAAGGCCAAGCCAGUCAAGGCAUCCAAGCCUAAGAAGGGCAAACCAGUGAAACCCAAAGCCAAGUCCAGUGCCAAGAGGGCCAGCAAGAAGAAGUGACAAUGAGGCUUUUCUUGUGGACAUUCCUGCCUGUCUCCUAUUUUCUGUAAAUACUUUUCUCUUUUCUUCCCUCUUGAUCUUCAUCUGCAGUCCUUUGCCCCUUUCUAUUCUGACUUCAUAAGAGAAUUUGGAUUCCUCAGAAAUUAGGGAAUAAUUCGUUUUUCCUUAACCAAUCGUGCAA